AUGGGUGGCGGAUUACAUGACGCGAACGUUACCCGCAUAAGAGAACUGCAACAACGCUCGUCAGAGGGGCUGGUGGCGGAGCAAACACCUGUCAACAGAUCGGUGCUUGUAGUCAACGAAGUGCGAGAUGAUGAGCAAGACGAGAAGCAUGUUACCGAUGGAGAGCCAGCAGACGACAUGGAGCCCGAUUUUGAAGAGCAAGAUGACGAAGAUUCUGUCAUUGAUAAAGAGCAAGUCGAAGACGCAGGGCACGGGCCUGAAGAACAGCUGGUGGCUGAUGAAGAAGAGAUACUAGAUGUGCAAGAGUCGGCUCGGCAACAGUAG